AUGGCGGCUGCAGCAAACACAGCAGCAACAGCAACAACAGCAGCAGCAGCAGCAGCAGCAGCAGCAGCAGCAGAUUGCAUGCAACCGAAUCUGCUGGUAAUUCAUUACUUCCCCUGCGGUGUGCCCCCUGUUCAAAGCCGAAGCAGCAGAAGCAGAAAAUGCAGACAGCAGCAGCAGCAGCAGCAGCAGCAGCAGCAGCAGCAAGAGGAGGUAAUCUUGGAUCCUUUGCUGCUGGCAGUUCGUGUGUAUGCUGCUGUGAGCGGCAUGCAGUUGCUGCUGCAGCCAGACUUCAGCAGCAGCAAGGAGAGGCAGCUUCCUGCUGCAGUGUUCAACGGCGGCAUUGUUAAGGGUGAGGAGCUGCUGCUGCUGCUGCAGCUACGGCAGCCGCUCUGCAGCAGCAACAGCAGCAGCAGCAGCAGCAGCAGCACAGCGUCUGGGCGGCACCAGCAGCAAUGCCUUGACGAUCUAAUUGCAGCAGCAAUCUGGAGGCCUCUGUCUGCUGCUGUCUCCUUUUUUUUGUUCUCUUAUAAAAAGUGCAGCAGCAAAUUUACAAUCCCCUCUCUCCGUGCAGCAGGCGCUUCGUUUCUGUCGGCUUGGCUGUAUGUGCAGCAGCAGCAGCAGCGGCUGCAGCAGCAGCAGCAGCAGCAGCAGCAGGGUUCUCUGCAGCUGCGAGACGCGCUGCAGCUGCUGGUAGAUGCCUUACAAACCGUCAGAGCCUUAGGCGAACUGGAGACCCUCCCCCCAGCAGCAGCAGCAGCAGCAGCAACUCCAGCAGCAGCAGCAGCAGCAGCAGCGGGGGAGUUUAGCUGCUGCAGCAGAGGGAGACACUUUCUGGUGUAUGCUGCAGACAUUUCUUUUUCUGAUAUUCUGCUGUACGCUCAUCUCUCAGUUUUGCUGCAGAUUCCGAAGGGUGCUGCACCCUGGAAGCGAGUCAAGCAGCAGCAGCAGCAGCAGCAGCAGCAACAGCAGCAGCAGCAGCAGCAGCAGCAACAGCAGCAGCAGCAGCAGCAGGAGCACGGGGUAAGCGAACCUGCUGAAAGUGGGGAGCCGGGUAGUACGGAGGAGCUGCAGCAGCAAUCGGAGAAUGCUGCAGCAGCAGGACCAACAGCAGCAGCAACAGCAGCAGCAGCAACAGCAGCAGAAUUGCAGCUAGAGGUGGAUUCUUUAGACAGCAGCAAUGCAGAGGAUAAGCUGCUGUUGCAGCAACUGCAGCAGCUGCUGCAGUGGGGUAAGCAAUAUGUGCAGCUCUUUGAGGAGCAUCUCGCCAUACAUAACGCACGAGCAGCAGCAGCAGCAGCAGCAGUUCCUGCUGCUGCUUCUGAUCAGCAGCAGGACCAGCAGCAGCAGCAGCAGCAGCAGCAGCAAGGGCUUCCAAUGUAUGCCUUCUCGCGUACCUACCGCAUCUGCAACUGUCCUAGCAGCAACAGACAAGCCUGCUGUUAA